GGCCAGGGCCCCACUGCUGCUGGUGUUGCGCGCUGCUGACGUGCCAGGGCAGGCGGGCACGGCCGGGUUGGCGUUAUUUUUUCUUCUUUUUUCCCUUCUCGAACAAUGGCCUGCCCGGCAUUGAUCGUUCCACUGCCUGGACUGCUCACUUCCGUUCUGAGCCUGCUGCUGUCUGUGCGCUGCAGAUGUGCAUUAACGCAGGAGUUGCCUCUAACCCGUUUUCAACCUUGCUGCCUUGCCUUCCCGUCUCUUGUUGCUGCUCGAUGCAGCGCUCUUGUUCCUCCCCUUGCCCGGCUCGUCAUGUGUCCGAGCUCCUCGUGCAACCAUAAGGAGUUCUUCCACUAACUCGGCAAGGCCCACAGAGAUGUGGCUCCCUAGCGUGACCAACAUGGAGUCUUUUCCGAGCUGCUGCGAACUGCGACGGUGCUCUAGCGUACACUAGUGUACAUAGGGCAACACGGAGAUCCGAGUCACAGGACGUCC